CUUCUUUGAGCUCGUUAGGAGCAGCGGGACGCGGAGCAGGUGAUUCCGUCACCGACAGCCCCGUCAGGCGGCACAAAGUUCGAGAGAAGGCGUCAGGUCGUAAAGUGAGCCGGAAGCCGCUGACGUUCCGCCCCGGUUCGUCCUGGUUCCGGUUGAUGUGAUCUUAAAAUGUUGUGUUGAGAGAUAAAACAGCUGCUGUCACCCUCAGCCAGCAGGACUGAAAUAAAGUUUGCUGCCACUGAACCCUUACAGGUCUUCACAUCAGGCUCCAUCAGGAUUUGAUGCUUUACAGACCAGAUGUUCAGGGUCUCCACGGAGACUCAGGAGUUCAUCAGGGUCCUCCCUGCUGUCACUUUUCCUCAGCCUGAGGUUUGGUGCAGCAGCUGAACGACGAGUUCUCUUCCAUCCUGGACCGUGUAGGGUUAGUCUGAGACAGCAUCCAGGUGUCUUUGGCUUCGGGACACUUUGAGCUCCAGAUCCUGUCCAUGCAGAACGUGAACGGGCAGCUGCAGACCGGCGCCUGCUGCGAUGGAGCCCGGGACGCUGCGGACCGGCGCUGCACGGCGGACGAGUGCGACACCUUCUUUCGCGUGUGUCUGAAGGAGUACCAGCUGAAGGUCUCCUCGGCGGGGCCCUGCAGCUUCGGCGCCGCCUCCACGCCCGUACUCGGCGGGAAUACCUUUUCGUUACGCGGCGCCGAGAGCGACAAGGCCAGGAUGGUGCUGCCGUUCAGCUUCGCGUGGCCGAGGUCGUACACGUUGAUCGUCGAAGCCUUGGACUUCAACAACGACUCUUCCUCCGGCAGCGUGGGCGCGGCGGUCAUCGAGAGAGCCGUCCACUCGGGGAUGAUCAAUCCCAGCCGGCAGUGGCAGAGCCUGAAGCACAACGGGCCCGUGGCUCAGUUCCACUUCCAGGUCCGCCUCGGCUGUGACGAGCACUACUACGGCUUCGGCUGCAACAAGUUCUGCCGCCCGCGAGACGACUUCUUCGGCCACUACGAGUGCGACCACAACGGCAACAAGACGUGCCUGGAGGGCUGGUCGGGUCCGGACUGCAACACGGCGACGUGCCGGCAGGGCUGCAGUGCAGAACACGGGUCCUGUAAGGUUCCUGGAGAGUGCAGGUGUCUGUAUGGCUGGCAGGGUGAGUACUGCGAUCAGUGCAUCCCUCAUCCUGGAUGUGUUCAUGGCAGCUGUGUGGAGCCCUGGCAGUGUCUCUGUGACACCAACUAUGGAGGACAGCUGUGUGACAAAGAUCUGAACACGUGUGCAACGCUGCAGCCAUGUUUGAACGGAGGAACGUGCAGCAACACGGGACCAGACAAGUACCAGUGCUCGUGUCCUGACGGCUUCUCCGGGCUCAGCUGUCAGACAGCGGACCGCGUCUGUCUGUCCAGCCCCUGUCUGAACGGUGGGACCUGCGAGGAAACCGGUCAGGGUUUUGAGUGCCGCUGUGCCCCUGGUUGGACGGGACCGACCUGCUCCAUCGAUGUGGACGAGUGCCUGGCGAACCCCUGCAGUCACGGAGGAAGGUGUCAGGACCUGGUCAACGGUUUCAGGUGCAGCUGUCCCCCUCAGUGGACAGGAAAGACCUGCCUCAUCGACGCCAACGAGUGCGACGGCGACCCCUGCGUCAACGCCAACGCCUGCCGAAAUCUGAUUGGAGGAUACUUCUGCGAGUGUCUCCCCGGUUGGACGGGCCAGAACUGCGACACCAACGUCAACGACUGUCGAGGACAGUGUCUCAACGGAGCCACGUGCAAGGACCUGGUGAACGGCUUCAAGUGUGUGUGCGCUCCAGGUUUCGGCGGCGAACUCUGCGAGAAAGACGUGGACGAGUGCUCCAGCGGGCCGUGCCUCAACGGCGGCCGAUGCCAGGAUGACGUCAACGGCUUCCGCUGCCUGUGUCCACCUGGUUUCUCUGGAAGUCGCUGCCAGUCGGAUAUCGAUUACUGCCUCCGCGGCCCGUGUCAGAACGGCGGCCAGUGUUUCAACGUGGCGGCCGACUACGUCUGUAAAUGUCCCGAGGACUACGAGGGCAAGAACUGCUCUCGGCUGAAGGACCACUGCAGCGCCGCGCCCUGCAAAGUGAUUGACAGCUGCACAGUGGCGGUGGCGUCCAACAGCACGCCGAGCGGGGUGCGUUUGAUUUCGUCCAGCGUGUGCGGCCCUCACGGGCGCUGUCGGAGUCACGCCGGCGGGCAGUUCAGCUGCGAGUGUGAGGACGGGUUCAGCGGGACAUACUGUCACGAGAACAUAAAUGACUGUGAGAGCGCCCCCUGUCUGAACGGAGGAACCUGCAUCGACAGAGUCAGUCAGUACCAGUGCAUCUGCGCUCACGGUUGGGACGGACCUUCCUGCCAGAACAACAUCGACGACUGCGGCUCUGAUCCCUGCCAGAAUCGAGGCGUCUGUCGAGACCUGGUCAACGAUUUCUACUGUGAGUGUGACGACGGCUGGAAGGGAAAGACGUGUCACUCCAGAGAAAGUCAGUGUGACGAGGCGACCUGCAACAACGGAGCAACCUGCCACGACGAAGGAGACGCCUUCAAGUGCGUGUGCGCCGCCGGCUGGGCGGGCGCCACCUGUAGCAUCGCGAAGAACAGCAGCUGCGUGCCGAGUCCCUGCGAGAACGGAGGGACGUGUGUGGUGGACGGAGACUCCUUCAGAUGCGUCUGUAAAGAGGGCUGGGAGGACACCACCUGCAGCCGCAACACCAACGACUGCAGUCCUCAUCCCUGUUAUAACGGUGGGACCUGCGUGGACGGAGACAACUGGUUUCGCUGUGAAUGCGCUCCGGGGUUCGCCGGCCCAGACUGCAGGAUCAACAUUAACGAGUGCCAGUCGUCGCCCUGCUCCGUCGGCUCCACCUGUGUGGAUGAAAUCAACGGUUAUCGCUGCGUCUGCCCGCCAGGAAGAGUCGGCCCGCGCUGCCAGGAAGCGUCGGGGAGGCCGUGUGAGGUCGGAGGUCUGCUGGCUCCGGAUGGAAGCCGAUGGGACGAGGACUGCAACAGGUGCCGCUGCCACAACGGGAGGAUCGGCUGCACGAAGCUUCGGUGUGGACCUCCACCCUGCAGCCUCCACAGGAAGACUCGGGGCUCCGAGUGUCCAGCCGGUCACACGUGUGUCGCCGUCCCGGACGAGCGCUGCUUCGUCAAGCCCUGCGCCGGCCAGGGGGAGUGCUGGAGCCCCGCCCACCAGGCCCCGCCCACAGCCGGGUGUCACCCAGAGGCCGGCUGCACCAACAUCACCUUCACCUUCAACAAAGACAUCAUGAUGAAGGGCGUGACGGUGGAGCAGGUGUGCCGUCAGCUCAGGAGCCUCUACGUCGCCAUAGACCCGUCGCCUGACUCGUCCGUCUCCGUGACCUGCCAGCCGUCGCUCAACGCCAACAACGAGAUCCACGUGGCCAUCUCGAGCGGCGACCGGCAGAGCGGCAUGACCUUAGUCAAGGAAAUCACAGACAAGGUCAUGGAUGUGGUCAGCAAGAGGAACGCCAACAGCAGCAUCAUCGGCGCCGUCGCUGAGGUUCGCGUCCAGAGACGGCAAAGCCCCGACGCCAACGACCACAUCGUGCCCCUGCUGGUUUCCGUGGUGAUCGUCGUGUGGGCAUUGGCGAUCGUGUCGAUGUUGCUGUGGUGCGUGAGGAGGCGGAGGAAGCAGAGCACCCACACGGGGGUCAGCACGCAGCCGUCGUCUUUGGUCCCCGCCGCAGAGGACAACAACGCCCUCCACAACAGCCUCAGCACCGCCCGCGAGCAGCUCAACCACAUCAAAAAUCCGAUCGAGAAGAACCCACCGAGCCAGCACCACCAGCACCACCUCCUCCAUCACCACCUCUGCGAGGACAAGAACUCGGUCAAUGCCAGGAUCCGGAAGUCAGACACUGGGAGCCAGUCGGACGAGGACGAGAUGGACAAGAGGCUGCAGAAGGCCAGGUUCCCCCGGGCGCCGCCGGCGUACUCGCUGGUGGACUGGGAGGAUCGAGUCCCUCACUGGACCAGCAAACAGGACAACAGGCAGAUCCAGUCGCAGAGCGUGAACAGGAUGGACUACAUCGUAUAACCAACGGGACUCGAAGUGACUGGACCGUCCACCUGAGACGUCUUUUCUUCCUGUUUGCAGUUGAAUUUCCAGAUGGAAUUUUUUUGCUGUUUUAAUUUAUGUUUUGACUGAUGCUGGCCUCAGUGGUCCACCGCGGUUGACUGGAUCUACAAUUUUGUGGACGCCUUCCAGAAUUUGGACGUGCAGGAACUUUCCCUAAAGCCUUUGAGCACGGUUCACAUCUUUCAGCGACGACUUGUGGGUUUGAAUGUGCUGCUGCCUCCACAGCACCUGAUUUGAGAAAUCAUAUUAUUAAAAUAUUUAUUUUGUUUUUCUGGGGGACAUUUGGGUCAAUAUGAAGAAUCGUUCAUGCAGAAUGUUUCUGUACAGAUGUGUAAAUAAUUUUUGAACUAAUUGUUGUGUAUAUUUGAUUUAUUAACUUAAAGAUAUUUCAUUUUUAACUUAUGAGUACUGAGUUUGACAGCUUCAUAAGCUUGUCUGUGGAAAUGUUUUGGAUUUUUUUGUUUUGUUUUUGUUUUGAAGUUCAUUUGUAGCCUUUUGGAUUUGGGCAUUUUUGUGCCUCAGCUAAGCGUUUUGUCUGUUGUGUGGUGCAUUUUGUUGGUACGGUGGCCAGGAUGUUCUGUUGGGUCGUGAGCACGGACGGAGUUUGCUGCUGCAGAGUCUUUUACACAAACCAACAUGGUGGCAGACGUAUUACUUUUGCUACUGAAACGAAAUUCUUCAAGGGACACAACUUUUUGUAGUAACGUGUAUGUUUUGUACAGUGUAAAAAGAGGAAGUGGGAACAGGUUUUCUGUUUGUUGGUGUUUUAAUAAACUGGAUGAUUGAUUAAAGGAA